AUGCCGGGCCUCGCGGCCAGCGAGCGGCCGUCGGUCUCACUGUCGUUUGCAAACAACUUCUGGGGCAAAGAAGAUGCCGGCGUCAGCCCCCUCCUCGAUCGCAUGAACGCCGCAAAAGUCACCGGCGACGAACUGAAAGCCUUCUACACCGCCCGCGCGCAAAUUGAAGAUGAAUACGCGCGCAAACUCGCCAACCUGGCGCGCAAGCCGCUCGGGUCGCUGGAGUCCGGCACUCUGCGUAUGUCUUUGGACGUAGUGCGAGGCGAGGUGGAAGCGAUGGCGAAGCAGCACCAGGUCAUUGCUGGACAGAUGAAGAGUGAGCUCGACGAGCCGCUUGUAGCGUUCACUGGCGCCAUGAAGGAGCGAAGGAAAAUUGUCCAAGGCGGAAUUGAGAAGCUGCUCAAGUCGAAGAAUCAGCAGACGGCUACUGUGUACAAGUCGCGCGAUCGCUUCGAGCAGGACUGUCUCAAGAUCAAAGGAUACCUGGCGCAAGGACACAUGGUGAUGGGGCAGGAAGAGCGCAAGAAUAAGGCGAAGCUGGAGAAGACGCAGAUACAGAUGUCGAGCAACAGCAACGAGUAUGAAGCGGCAGUCAAGGUGUUGGAGGAAACGACCGGCAAGUGGAACAGAGAGUGGAAGGCUGCAUGCGACAAGUUCCAGGAUCUGGAGGAGGAGCGCAUCGACUUCUUCAAGAGCAGUCUGUGGAGCUUUGCGAACAUUGCUUCGACUGUCUGCGUUAGUGACGACGCCUCCUGCGAGAAGGUUCGCCUAUCGCUGGAAGACUGCGACGUGGAAAAGGACAUCACGCAGUUCAUCAAGGACCGCGGGACUGGCCAGGAGAUUCCCGACCCGCCAAAGUACAUCAACUUCUGCCGUGGCGACUUUGAAGAUACCGCUUCGCUACAUGAGGAGUCGGAGAACGGCGACUACUCUGUGGCCCAGUUCCCGCGGACUAUGAAUCCGACGUUCAGGUCGUCUUCGCCUCAGCCGAGCACGUUUGACUCCCACAAUGACCCCGACUCCAGCCUGCGGGACGAGAUGGGCAUUCCAGCUGGUCGCCAAUCGCUGCAGGGAGACGACGCGUUCAACGCACGCAGCUCGCAUGGAAGCGCUGCACCACCGCCUCUUGCACCGAGCAACGCGUCUUCCGUCAGCAGAAACCCUUACGCGGAUGCACCACAGGUACCACAUAAUCCGUAUCCAACUGACGGCAUGACCCAGUUCUGUCGUCUGGAUGCGCCUUCAGAGCGUAGCUCGAACCCCUCUCCGACUCGGCCAGACAGCAGGGACAGCCAGGAUCACAGCGACUACUCUGCGCCGACAUCAUUCUCGAACUUUGACCCGAUGAGCGGACAGUCUUCGCCGACGAAGCAGUACAAUGGAUCGGACAUGUCUGGGAUGUCCGCGAUGUCUGGAAUGUCUGGAAUGUCUUCAGCCGGCGAGGACAACAGGCAGAUCCAAAAGAAGAAGAGCGGCUUCUUCCAGUCUCACAGUCCGUUUGGACGAAGACGAAGCCAGAAGAUGAAGAAUCCAGGACCACAGUCCGCAGCUGUGACCCCAACAGCUAGGAACACCUGGACGCCAGCUACUACACGCAGCGCCCAGACUAGCCCGACGAAGCAACCAUUUGGAGCCGGAAAUCGAGCCAACACGUGGCAGAAGCAGCCCAGUCCUGGUGCAGAGCCGGUAGAUCCAAGGGCGGACUAUCAGCUUGGUAUCGGCGACAGCGUGUUUGACGUGACUUCACCAAACAACAAGAAGCCUCCACCACCAGCGAAGGACAACCGCAAGGACCUUGAUCCUAUCGCGCAGGCACUUGCCGAGCUGAAGGGCGUGACGAAGCAAGCGUCCGUACGACAAUCCGCAGACCGUCACUAUGGCAUGGCCUCGCCAGCGCCACCAGCUUCACCAGGGAUGGACAGCCGUGGUAUGCCAGCCGGCGCCGUCCCAACGCCCUUCGCCCAGAACAGUCGCGGCACACCACCACCCGCCUACGACCAACCCGUCAGCCGCCUCGGAGCCCCCAAGCCCGCCCACACCAGCCGCGAAAUGCAAAAGACCACCGAACGCUUCGUCAACCAGAAACGCGACAUGUUCAACUCCGGCCGCCCCAACAGCGCCAUGGCCCCGCGCUCCACCUCCCCCGCACCCCCUCGCUCCGCCAGUCCGCGUCCGUUCCACAAUGAAGACCUCCGCCAACAGCAGCAACAAUACCGCGCCCCCUCCCCCAACCCCUACGCCGGCGGCCAACCAGCCGCCCGCCCACGCGCCCAGUCUUCCAGCCCGAUCAAGCAGCAACAGCACCAACCCAGCUACUCCGGCUACGCUUCCCGCGGCAAUUCUCCGGGCUACCAAGCCGUCCCGCGCGCCGCGUCCCCGAAUCCAGCGUACAGCCGUCCUCCACAGGCACAGGGUGGAGGCAGUAGACCACCUUCCAGUCGCGGCUCUGACGUUGGUGGAGGGGGGAUGGCGUUACAGCUCGCUCCAGCAGGUGGGCACGACCCGUAUGGAAGCGGGCAGAGGGGGGGCAGGCCGCAGAGCCAGUACUACGACCAGAGCGCCUAUGGGAACAGUCAAGUUGCUGCGCGGACGCGGAGCCAGAGCGUCGGGGCGCAGAGGCAGGUUACUAAGAGCGGUCAACCGAUUCUUCACUACUCUCGCGCAAUGUACAUGUACGCGGCCGCCAUCCCGGAGGAACUUUCGUUUGCGAAAGGGGAUGUCCUGGCGGUUACGCGGCAUCAAGAUGAUGGGUGGUGGGAGGCGGAGGUCGUGGGGGGUAAGAGCGGGGGAAUGGUAAGGGUGGGGUUGGUGCCGAGUAAUUAUUUGAAGGAGUGUUAG